AUGGGCCACCUUCCAGAUAUCGAGUCGAGCGCUGAGCAUGACGAGCCUUUGCAAUGUCGGUCUUGGACAAACAUGAUUAUAUGGUGUGCAAUAAGCUACUGCUGUAUGCUCAUAAUCUUCAUUAUUGUUUGCUGUGUGCAGUUCGGCCUUGUUCAGUCCGGUCUUCUUCCUCUUUUUGUGCAUGGGAGUUCUCCUGUUCUCUUUUACGCUUAUUCACAGAGUCAUAACCACUUUCUUAAGCCCAAGGAUGUUGAGAUUAUCGCAUUGGUGCCUUUCCAAGAAGUCCAAGAAACAGAAAUCCUCGACUGUUAUUUGCAAAGAAACCUUGCAUCCAACGGAGGUUUUCUCGACCAGGUUUUUUUUAUACCACAGACAAACCAUACGGAGAGCUUUGAAUGGCUCAUAACCACGGUCGAGGCAACGCCGUCCUACUCUAUAUCGAACAGGAAUCUUCCAACCCAUGAGCGACUUGACGCACUGUAUGUUUGGAUUGAUGGCGCUGUAUACCUGGAAGAACAUACUAUCCCGACCAUGGUCAAAACCAAAUUGGACCAUCCCGACUCGCUGAUUGUUUCAGCCAACGUUGUCAAUCAGGGACCACUCGAAAAGCUACACAGUCACCCUUUGAUUACUUCCUCGUAUCAUCUGGCCGACCAGGGCAGGCAUACUCAAAAAGUAUUUCGGACCUUGGGCUCAGCGGCUCCACAAGCCCAAGACAAGCUUUUUCAGAAGUCCAACCUGUUUCCAACUACUGAUGACAACGAGUUCGACACCACGCCUAUUGGCAAAUCGAUUUACUCAGAGGCUGGACCGGCCUUGUCCGACUGGAGAGUGAAAGCUCAGCAACAUUACUCCUUUCUGUACCACCUCAAAUGGGGAAACCUGUACCCUUACAAGUUCCCCAUGUGGAGUAACCCAGUGAGACCUAUCAGCACAAAAUUCUUCUGCUUUAUGGGCUAUGACGCCGCAGGUGUCGAGUCGUUCAUUCGGGCCAACGGUUUACUUGAUAGGACUACCAAAGUACCGGACGAAGGGGGUCACCAAGUGAGGGAUAACAUCAUUAUAGAUGGCAAGGGCGUAGUUGCUCAUUACUCGUCCAAACAAGGCUUGGAAGGACUUGAAGGUACAGAUGUGCUUCAGAGAUACCGGGCAUAUGCUCGUGAGAACGUUUGCUCGAGAUUAUAG